AUGAACCUGAAUUCUGUGUUGUCGCAGUUAAUUACAAAAGACAUAAGUUUCCCAGCCUUGAAAUUAGCUUGGGACUGUCAAAUCGAUGUGCAAGGCAUCGGAACACUGCCCAAGAUAUCCCCAUCUCACUAUAUGCAAGAAAACUUGUUGACAACGGACCAACGCCGAGCUCUGAUAUGCAAACAACAAAGGAAGGUUCCCUGCAGGAAGGUGGACGUGGAUCUCUUCAUAGAACCAGCCGUAAUUGUCUUCCAAAAUUACAAAUUUGGCGACACGCUAAGCUUCCCCAUCUCAAUUCGGAACAUCAGCAAACUGUCACAAAAAGUCACCACCUUGAUGGACGAAAAUAAUGUUUUUCAAUUUGAUGAGGCCUCUCAACGAGUUGGAAAAUUUCCAACCGGCAUGACAAUGAUUGCAACCAUAAAAUUUCAGCCAGAGGAUGAUCGAGAUUAUUACCAUAAAUUGAUUGUGAAAACAACAAGGACUAGAUUUGCCAUUCCCAUAAUUGGCAUCGGAGGUCGUGGAUUACUAAAUGUUUCAGACUCAAUCAUAUUGGAGAAAGUCCCUGUGAAAUACUACAAAACCACAAUUAUCCCAGUUUAUAAUUUGGGAACAAGACCGGCCAGAUUUACAUUGUCUACAACUGGGCAAUUCGGUGUCAAACCAGAGAAAGGUAUAGUCUCACCUCGAGAAACGUUCAAUUUGGAAGUGUCACAUUACUCUAAUUCAAAAGGAAUCACCGAUGGACAUCUCUUAAUUAAAUAUGAUAACGGCGAAGAAAUUUAUGUUUAUCUGAAAGCGGAAACUGUCGAUGAGGAUAUAACUUUGGCCCCUCAAGUUGUCCAGUGUGAGGACACCUACUUGGGCAUGAAGACCAAAGUUCGCUGUUGUAUAGAGAAUAAUAGUGAUAUCAUACUAAAUUUCAAAUGGUCCAAGAACCCUGUGUCUCGUGCAAUUGUGGAUGGUGCAUGGAAUGAAGACUCUAUUAGUGCCAUUGGUGAUACCGAUCAGGACAAUUUGAGCAGAGCCAUUGACCUAUUGGAACAAUGUUCUGAAGGAAAUGACGAUUGCCUUGGAUUUGCCUUGGGGUUGGAUGAUCAAAUAAGUGGCUGGAAUAAGUUUUCCAUCCAAGAGGAAUUCUCCCAUGAAAAUAUCAUCAUCCAACCUCUGGUAGGGCAAGUUCAACCCCGCAGUUCGAUGGAUGUACAUGUUAUAUUUGGACCAACAGAAUCUUCAAUCAUCAACACAACAGCAUUUUUGGAUAUCACUGGGCGAGAAGAGAGAAUUCCAUUGUACAUUUCGGGGAAAGGACUUGGUCCAAAGUUUAAAUUUGGAUUCGAAGUUUUGGAUAUCCCUGUAGUGAACUCUGGAGAAAUUCCUGGCAGAGUAGAGUCCUUUGGCCCAGUUUCGAAUUCCUCAGCAUUGUCCAUGAAAGUUGAACCUAAGCGAAUCAAGCUGGCUCCGAAUGAACACAGUGCAUUCUAUGUGACCUUUGCUUGCUCAGGGAAACCUGUAGAAUUUCACGAAGAGCUAAAAUUUGUAAUAACAAGUAGCGAGGAGAUUAUUUACAUAACAGUAAAGGGCGCUGUUUCAUUUCCGAAAGUUCACUUUCUUGGACGUGAUGCUCAACUUGGAUUAGUUUCCUAUGGUUUCCCUAAAACAUAUCAACUUUCUCUUAUCAAUGAUUCUUUAAAUUACGUGGAAAUUUUCCUGAAAAUGGAAGAGAACGGCACGGAUCCACUCAUUGAUUAUAACCAGAUUUUGGAAUCCUUUAAAACAGAAAAUUUUAAGUUUGAUCCAGACCCUGCAGAAUUUGUUCUGGAGCCCACAAGAUUCACUUUAAGACCCAAAGGGAUGCAAAAUAUUACACUUACCCUCUGUGCCAAUCAAGUGCGUGAAAUUAAAAACAACGUGGUUUGCUAUCUUGUGGACACUGAUGGAUCUUUGGUGGAGGACGUAGCGUGGUUUCCAAUCACAGCUUGCUGCACAGUUCCCGUUCUCACGCCCGAAACCCCAGAAGUUUACGUCAACGAUUGCUACACACACUUUGCAUACACGGUCGAAUUUCAAGUUCGAAAUAACACGGAAUUGUCCACCUGCUAUUGUGUCGUGCCACAAAAAUCUGCUAAAAUCAAAAUCCAAUCAGAUAACUUGGUGGGUGUGGCUACAGCUCGCGACGUAACCUCAAUUCCUGUGACUAUAAUUUGCAACGCAGUAGGCAAAGGGAUCACAGCCCACUUGGACUUCUAUACUGUAGCCAGAGAAGAGAAACUCUUUACGUUUGUCCUUAAAAUUGAUUCCAUUCCUUCACGACUAGAGGCAAAUCCGACCUUAGUCGACUUUGGCGACACUGACGUAAUGACUCCUGUGUCAACUUCCGUCGACAUCAUUAACAAAUCCCCAUUAACUGCACACUAUGUGGCCUUAAUUCAAACUGUCAAGCGCAAUGGGGAUCAUUGGGAGAUUGACAAAGAAAUUGGAAUGAUUGAACCGAACGGUUCUGGGACUCUUGUAGUAACCACAACGCUUCGAGAAAGUGGGAUCCAUAACGCAGUUCUUCGAGUGGAAAUGCAAGAAUCGCUCAACUUUGUCGAUGUAAAAAUGACGGUUCGAGGUAUUGGUACCAGUUUAGAGUUUAAGCCAGAGUUACAGUGGCAAGAUCUAAUUGACUUUGGAACAAUUUUCACAAAUAUGGAAAAGUCAUUUCAGUACGAUAUCAAGAACGUUGGUCAUCUCCCCAAAGUGUUAGAGUGGCGUCAUGUUAAAGACCCUCCUCCAGAAUAUCCUCCAAAGCCUCAGCCUAGAUUUAUACGAUCCAAGGCACCUGCCUCUCCAUCUGAUGCCAAUUUGCCAGAAGAUUUUUAUACAAAGCGAACGGUUUUCUCAAUUACUCCGUUCAAGAAACUGCUUCAACCUAAUUCUACAUUGUCGGUCACAUUCUCGGCAAUUUCACCAACAAACAAGAUUGUUGACGAGAAUUUUGUUUUGUGGACAUACACACCGAAACCUCCAGAAAAAUCUAAUGCUCCUAAAAUUGUGAAGAAAAAGAAAGAUAAAAAUGAAAGCAUUUAUCACCCAAUAAUUUCCAGGCAUUUGAAAUUCAAAGCAACAAUUGAGUCGGUAAAUUUGAAUUUCUCAACUACUUCAAUGUUGUUCCGAAUUGAUGCGUCCCCAGUUCAAGAAAGCUUUGAACAACGAGAUACAAUCAAGAUUGAGAAUACUGGACAGCUUCCGGUGGGUGUAAAGUUCACGACUUCCUUUCCAUUUUCGAUUGUAGUGCACCAAAACCAGAGUCCAGUAGAAGAAUGGGUGUAUGAAUUUGCUGCUGAAGAAAUCAUUAGGCUCACAAUUAAUUUCGAUGGGCGUCAUUUGCGGAAAGAUCGAGGGAGUGUGUUUUUCGAUUCUGUCCUUGUUGCCACCAACGUUGACCUUCCUGGAAUUGAAAGAAUUAAGUUGCGUGGAGAGGUACACUUCCCAACAAUGAAUUUUCCCAAAAACAAAAUCGAGUUCAAGGCAAUUGUUAAUGGGACUGAAGCUGUCGAAGAGUUUGCGGUAUUCAACCCUGGCGUAUUCUGUUUAGCAUACAAAUGGUACAUUAAACCUGGGAGCACAAUCAUCGAAUUUGAAGAGGAUGAUGAAGAGGAGGACGACGACGAAGAAGAAGAUUACGGUGAAGAAGAAGGUUUUGCAGAAGUGAUUUACGAUGAGUACUCGUUGGGGGAGGAAGACGAGGAAGAAGAGGAAGAGGAGGAAGAAAGUGAAGUGCCAAGAAAUCUUGUGAAUGAUGUUGAACAAGAGACCGGUGAAAAUGUGGGGAGUGAGCCACAACCACGAAAAAAGACAGUGGAUGAAGGAGAAAGUAAAAAACGGUCAAAAAGCGAGGAUUCGAAAAUUGACAAGAAAGAACCAACAGAAGCGUUAACUAAUGGAAAGGAUGGAGAGAAUCAGGAAGUGCAAGGAACUCUUCCAGAAAAGAAAGUCGAGACAAUAGAACAAGAUAAAGUUGGUAAGAAAAGUGUUGACAAAUCUGAGAAGCAGGAAUCGGAUAAGUUGGUAAACACAAUAAGUAAUAAUCAGAGGAGUUCCGUUUCCGAUGGAAAAGAUUCCGACUCUAGUGACAAAACUCACAGUUCAAAUGACAAUAAGAAACAAGAAACCAGUGAUAAGAAAAUUGAAGAACAAAACUCUGAGCCAGCCUCCGAGAAAAAACGUAGCUCAAGUAAACAGGAAAUAGAGUCAUCACAGCAGAGUCCCAACAAAAGAAAUGAUACGGAUCAGACAAGACAAGAUUCAGACGACUCUGAGCAUGCAAAGUCAGAUUUUGACCAAUCAAAAUUGCAUCCAGGUCCGUCUAAACCAAAUUCAAAUGAGAAAAAGCCAGACUCAAAAGAGAAAGAAAAGAAAGCAGAGACUGGCGAGAAGAAAGAGAAUAAACGACGUGAUUCAAAUGACAAAAAGUUAGAAAUUGAAAAGAGACAAGAAUCGAGUCAUAAAAAAGCAGACGCUAAAGACAAAAAGCAUGAUGCAACCAAGGACAAGGACAAUUACAGCCCAAGCAAUGAGAAAAUUGAUGAAACCAAUAAGGGCAAUAAAAAGGACGAGGGUAAGAGAGACAAAAAGGAUGGAAAGAAAGAGGCGAAAGAGGACUCCAAAGUGGACGAGGCGAGUAAACAACUUGAGGAUGAGGAGGAAGAAAACAAUGAAGACUUGGAACUCGAGAAUGGCGACGAAACUGCAAACGUUCCGUUACCACUGGAUGAUGGCGUUCAGAAAACCCCGUCGAGCUUCGCUCACUGUAGUGACUUGCGUUCACCAGACUCCUCCGAACACUCAUUGGGGGAAAUUGCCCAGAUUGACGGUGGGGAGGAGAAAGUGGCGGAUGAAAAGGAGUCCGAAAUAAGCCUUGCAGAGUUGGACGAAGCAGGUCAGAUUUCUCUGCAACAAUCGUUUCGCUCCAAAAUGUUGAGCAUGGUGGGAUUGGAGGAUGCCCAGGAAGAAGCUGAAGAUGAAUUCAACUAUUUGAGCUUUAAUCGGAACAUUACCAAAUACACUGGACCAAUUUCAGUCAAUGAAGUGCUGGACAUCAUCCCUUUGUCGGGCAUAAUGUCUGCCGGAAAUACUCUCAGUUUUACAUUCGUCUUUUAUGGACAUCCAAACAUUAGGUUUAAAACUACUGCAAUUUGCUACAUUGAAGGAGGCACGUCAAAAAGUGUAACGAUUAAGGGAUCGUGCAUUCGGAAUCGUUUGGUUAUUCCAAGAUCAUUUUGUGCAAGCAGAGCUGUGAAAAUGACAGAUAGAGCCGAUGGUGAGGAAGUAGUGGUAUAUUUGCCCAAGAACGAGUCAAAGAAUUUGGAGUAAUAUUCCCAAUGACACAUUUUGAAAGCAAUAAUUUUUAGUAUGGUAGCAAAUAGAUGAGAAAUUAAAAUAGCACAGCUCAG